GGUCCCACUCUGCGCGCGUAUCUGCCGCCUAUCGUACACCAUAGAGAGGGCGCCCUAUCGCUCUCUUUCUUACUCCGGUUUUUUUGUGAAUUAUAUCAACAGAGUUUUGCCUGUUCUUACAGGGAAAGAGAAGAGACCACGCUUGAACAUAAACUAGUCAAUUCGAAGCGCAACGACUACCAGAGCGCAUUGGAACUUGGGGAAUACAGGCUAGACAGCAACACUCACAUUUGAGGUCUUACCAGCGACGGGAGCACGUUGGCUGGACAACCACAGGACGGUUCAUUCAACGGUUACGGAUUUAACGGAUUUAGCGAACAAAGUGAUCAUACUGACCAGCGGAUGAUACACGUUUGGGACCGGUGUUGUCGGUUUCGCGAGGAGGCAAGUUAACGUUAUCGGAGUGAGAAGAUGAAGUCAGCUGGAGUGGUGGAAGGAGGACUGUUUACAGAGAGCUACUGUAAUAUCUGUAAUGCCCAGCUAAUCUCUGAGUCGCAACGCACUGCGCACUACGAGAGUAAGAAACAUGCCAACAAGGUCCGUCUCUUUUAUAUGUUGCACCCAGAAGAUGGAGGCCCACCGUCUAAAAGACUGAGACCAGAUAACCCAGACAGUGCAGAGACAGAGGUAGACAGGAAUAAAUGCUGUACGUUGUGUAACAUGUUCUUCACGUCGGCCAUCGUGGCCCAGUCUCACUACCAGGGCAAAACACACGCCAAGCGGGUACGACUGGUUCUGGGAGAAACAGCCUGCAUACCAACUGCCACAAACAGCCCUACUACAACAGACUCGUCUCCAUCCACCCCCCAGCCCAAUGACAACACCUCUCCCCCUGCCCCUCCUGCCCUGCCAUGGCCCUCCUCUCUAGCACCCCCAGUGGCGGUGGCAGUUGUGGGUAGUGGUGGCGGAGAGACAGGGAAGUACUGUUGUCUUUGCGGAGCCUGGUUCAACAAUCCUCUGAUGGCCCAACAACACUACCAAGGGAAGAAACAUCGCCGGAACGCAGCUCGGGCACGACUACUGGAGCAGCUAGCUGGCAGUAUAGACGCUACCGAAACUACAGGUCUCCGCAGCAGUUACUCCUGCAGCGUUUGUAGUGUGGUGUUGAACUCCAUUGAACAGUAUUAUGCUCACCUCCAGGGCUCCAAGCACCAGAACAACUUGAAGCAGGUCCAGCAGUGAAGCACAUACAUCUGAGACCAGGAGAAGUGCAGAGAACGGCGAAAAACGGGAAUAAAAAACCAAACUGGAAAUGCUAAACAUGGGAAAUUCAGAGCUUUGCUUACCCAAGACUAUGGUUGUAUUGGUUCCUGGAAUUCUGGAAGACUGAAAGAUUUCUACAGAGGGCUCAGGAAUGUGCGUGUGUGUGUGUGUGUGCAUGAGUUUCUGUGUGUGUGUGCAUGAGUUUAUUUGUUUGUGUGUGCACACGUGUACGAGUGCAUCAAGGUACAACUUUAAUCGUACAAUGUCUUGGAUGUUAUUGAGCACCUAAGUGUUUCGUGAGUACUUUCAACCCACAGCCACAAUAAUAUUGGACAUGGCUGCCGAUCGCCAUAAUGCUGGUGUCUGUCCAAAAUGGCGCCCUAUUCCAUUUAAAGUGCACUACUCAUAGGGCUCUGGUCAAAAGUAGUGUACUAUAUAUAGACUUUAGUUGACCACAAUCCUACAACCGAACUGAUGUCAGCGUUACACAGAGCGUGAUAACCGUUAUAAUGAUAGUCAUACAGUAUCGAAACCCCUACAUCGGCCCAAACAGUCAGGGCUUCAAUACUUUUUAUAUGCAGUCUUGUAUAUACAGUGGGGAGAACCAGUAUUUGAUACACUGCCGAUUUUGCAGGUUUUC